AUGGGUAUCCAACGGAAAGUUCGGAAGUUUGCAGUUACCAAGAGAGCAAUCUCCCAACGUGAUAAUCGCCUCAAAGAAAACGACAAGGCUGAUAAGAAAGACAAAACCGGAAAAGACGAUGUAAUCAGGGAAGCACCCCAGGCACCUUCAUCACUCUUCUUCCAAUAUAAUACGGCUCUCGCCCCGCCGUAUUCCGUCCUCGUUGAUACCAACUUCAUCUCCCACACUAUUCAGCAUAAGCUUGAUGUCAUUCCAACAAUGAUGGACUGCCUGUAUGCCAAGUGCAUUCCUGUCAUCACUGAUUGUGUGUUGGCAGAGCUAGAGAAGUUGGGCCAGAAGUAUCGUCUGGCCCUGCGUGUCGCCAAAGAUCCCCGAUUCGAGAGAAUCAAAUGUGAUCACCCAGGCACCUAUGCUGACGAUUGCUUGGUUGAUCGGAUCAUCAAGCAUCGCGUCUAUAUUGUGGCCACCAAUGAUCGUGAUCUUAAGAGGCGAAUUCGGAAAAUUCCCGGUGCACCAAUAAUGAGCGUCGCCCGCGGAAAAUAUGUCAUAGAACGACUGCCAGAUGCCCCCGAGAAGUGA